GCUGUAUGACAGAGGCCGAGUCACUUCACCUGCCGAGCUUGAAUGUCCUCACGUGCAGGGACCAGGGAGGCUGGCCUGGACCUCAGCCCUGACCCGGGGGAGGAGAGUGAGAGUGUGCGUGCCCGCAUAGAAACUGGGGGAGCUGGGCGGACCAGGGAGGUGCCCCAGGCUGUGGCCACACGGUGUGACUCGGAGCAUACCCCUUCCUGUCUGAGUGUGCCCAGCCACUGGCCUCGGCUGAAAGGAAUGCCUCUCCUGCCCUCUUAUGCUGUGUCCGGCCACCAGGGUUAGCCUCACAGACCCUGGGACACAAGACUCAGACCCUUACUGGGGCCUGGCCAGGGGCCAGCAUAUGCGGCUGUGUGCUCCCCUCACAGCCUCCUUUCAGCAGCACUGUGAGGAGGGCUUCUCCUCCCCACUGCACAGAUGGGAAGACUGAGGUCUAUGAAGGCAGGGUGGUGUCCGGUCUACACCCUAGUGGAUGGUACAGCCAAGCCCACAGUGGUCUCUCUUUCUGCUGCACCAGCGGCCUCAGAAGAAGGCCUGGGCGGGGGCCAAAGGGCUGCUGCGGACCUUGGCGCGGGAGGAGAUUUUGUGCCCCAGAGGCGAGGAGGAGGUGGUGAUGCCCUGCAGGGACCUGCAGGAACCAGGUCUGGAGGCUGGCGGGAGCCUCCCAUGCCUAGGGACGGAGGAGGCGGGGCAGUGAGGCAGAAGUGAGGCCGGUGGGUCCGCAGCCACCCAGGAGGGCCCUCCUCCUCCCCUGGCGGCGGGGGGAGGGGCUGUGUGUGCGGGGAGAGGUGGCGCCUGGGCCCAGGGUGAGGCUGAGCGGCCCUUGCCAACCAGCCGGAUCAGCUCCUGUGGGUGCCUGGCAUGAAAGCGACAUGGAUUGGGAGGGAUGCUGGGGGAAAGGAUGGGCAGGGCAGAAGUGCCUAGUGGCCUUGCACCUGGGGACCCUGGCUUUGGGGCUCCCAGGAGGACCCUCAGCUUGGUUCUGGAGGGGAACUCGCAGCCCAAAUGGCACCGGCUGGCAGCUGAGACCCAGCAGUGUAGGAUUCUGCCCCCGGUAUCUGGUGAGGCUGUGGGAGGAGAGAAAGCCCGGCUUCCUGGCCACUGAGUGGCUCUGGUCAAGCUCGGGGCUUUGGGACGCGUUCCUGGGAGGAUGGGCGAAGGUGGCUGGGCUGGUGGGAAGGCAGCAGGGGAUGUGGAAAGUCUGAUGGGCCUAAUCCCACCCCCUACCCCACCUCCUGCUGCCUCAGUUCCCCUUUCUGCAGGGGUGGAUCACCCUGUGUGCCUCGCAGGGCUGCUGCAGGGGCGAGUUGAAGCCGUGCUGUAUGAGUCACGACUUGGUGUAUUUACUCUUGGGUGGUGGGGCAGGCCCUGUUAUGGGUCACCGCAGUUACCAAGGAGGCCCCUUCCCCUCUGCUCCCCUUUCUCAGCCCUGCCCUGCUCCCUUCCUUAGUGCCAGCUGCGUUCUCCUCCACCGGUCCUGGCUUCCCCCACGGUCAAGGCGCCGGGGCGGGUGCUGCCUCUCUGGAUGGUGGCGGUGGCCAGUGCCUGGUGAGCGGAGUUCCAGGCUGUUGACCAUGGGGGCGUUUUAAGCCUCUGUGAGCUAGUUACGUGAGAUGAGGAAAAGAGCACCCCUCCUGGAAGGCAGUGUGGACGUGACGGGAUGGGCACUCAGGAAGGGCCCAGGAAAUGGAAGCUUCUGUGGUGGUGUCGUCACCCCAGUUGGGGAGCAGGCAGGGUGCGGUGGAGCUGCGAAGCUGGAGUUUCCUGUCUGAGCUGCUGUGUGACCUCAGACAGGCCUGCGCCUCCUUGGGCCGCUUGUCCCUCCAACCUGGGAAAGGGCUUGAGGGGGCACUGUGGUUUCUGUAGACCUGAGCCCCCCAAGGUCAUAAUCGGUGUCUGGCCCUGCCUGCCUCGUGGUCCCAGCGGGAGCAGCGCUGUUUCUGCUCAUCGCGUUCCUCUGGGACCCCAAGCCACAGGAAUCAAGAGAAGAACUGAGCAGAACGGAGGAUGGGGCUGCGCCCGGAUUCCUGCCUCAGUCCAGCCCCUAGCGCCCUGUGACUGUUCUGGACCUCGGUUCUCUCUCUGUGCAAUGGGCCAGCAGCCGAGCUCUGCCCCCUCCCUCAGGGUCCCUGGGGAGGUGGCCCCAGACAGGGACCAAGAAGAGGCCGGCACGAAGAAGUCGAAUGUCCUGGCCACCCAGUAUGGCUUCUUCACCAAAGGGAGGAAGAAGGGUCAGCCCAGCUUAGCAGAGACUGAGGGUGAGCCUGAGCCCAGUCCGCGGCCGCCUGCCCAGCUGCCCACAGUGGAGGAGCUCAAGGCCGACCUGGAGCGCGGGCGGCUGGAGGCGGCGGGGCCGCUGCUGGCGCUGGAGCUGGAGCUGCAGGAGGCCGCGGCGGGCCUCGCGAGCGAGGAGGAGCUGGUGCGGCGCCAGAGCGAGGUGGAGGCGCUGUAUGCCCUGCUGCGUGACCAGGUGCUAGGGCUGCUGCGCCGGCCGCUGGAAGCGGCGCCCGAGCGGCUGCGCCAGGCGCUGGCCGUGCUGGCCGAGCAGGAGCGCCAGGACCGCGCGGCGGCGGCGGCGGGGCCCCCGGGGUGCCCGGGGCUGGCGGCCACGCGGCCCCGAGGCUGGCUGCAGCUGUGGCGGGACGGCGUGGCGCAGGCGGCCGCGGAGCGCCUGAGCCGGCGGCCGCCCGCGGACGCCGAGGGCCGCACGGAGGCCGAGCGCGCCUUCCUGCACAUGGGCCGCACCAUGAAGGAGGACCUGGAGGCCGUGGUGGAGCGCCUCAAGCCGCUCUUCCCCGCCGACUUCAGCGUGGUGGCCGCCUACGCCGAGAGCUACCACGCGGAAUUCGCGGCCCAGCUGGCGGCCCUGACGCAGUUGGAGCUGUGCCCGCGAGACACCUACAUGCUGCUGGUCUGGGUGCAGAACCUCUACCCCAACGACAUCCUCAACAGCCCCAUGCUGUCACCCGAGCUGCAGGGAGUCAGACUGGGGACCCUCCUGCCUCAGACCCAGAUCCGGCUGCUAGAGGCCACGUUCCUCUCCAACGAGGUGGCCAGCAUAAGGGAGCUGACAGCCCGAGCUCUGGAGCUGGAGUCGGAGCGCUGGACCAAGGAUGAGGCCCCACAGAGGCUGGACGGCCGCUGCCACAGUGAGCUGGCCAUCGACAUCAUCCAGAUCAUUUCCCAGGGCCAGGACAAGGCCGAGAGCAUCACCCUGGACCUGGGCACGCAGAUAAAGCCCUUGCUGUUGGAAGAGCUGGACAGGUUCCUCAGGAGCUACCAGCGCGCCUUUGAUGAGUUUCUGGAGCGAUGCAGACAGCUGCGAAAUUACAGGGCCAAUGUCAUCGCUACCAUCAACAACUGCCUCCCUUUCCGAACGUCCGUGGAGCAGCGGUGGCAGACAAGGCCAGACCUCCAGAACUCCCUGCUGAGGCCCCUGAAUGAGCUAAAAAGCCAUGGCUUUGACACUCUGCUCCAGAGCCUGUUUGGGGACCUGAAGCCGCUGUUCAAGAAGUUCACGCAGACCCGCUGGGAUGCCCCCCAGCAGACCCUGGAGGAAAUCAUCUCCGCCGUGGCCGAGAGGAUGCCCGAGUUCUCAGAGCUGCAGGACUGCUUCCAGGAGGAGCUGCUGGAGGCGGUCCACCUGCACCUGGUGAAGGAGUACAUCACCCACCUCUGCAAGCGGCGCCUGGUCCUCAAGACGGCAGAGCAGCAGCAGCAGCUGGCGGGGCUCGUCCAGGCCAACUCCCAGCACAUCCAGCAGUUCUGUGCCCAGAACGGCUCCCCGGCCACCUGGCUGCACCACGCCCUCCCCACGCUUGCCGAGAUCAUUCGCCUGCAAGACCCCAGUGCCAUCAAGAUCGAGGUGGCCACGUAUGCCACCUUGUACCCUGACUUCAGCAAGGGCCACCUGAGUGCCAUCCUGGCCAUCAAGGGGAACCUGUCCAGCAGUGACGCCAAGAGCAUCCGGAGCAUUCUAGACAUCAACACGGGGGCACACAAGCCCUUCAAGGCUCUAUUUUCGCUUAUAAAGGUUGGUUAGCUUUUUCUGUGGCCUGACCUCCUUAGGAGCACCUGGCGAGCAUGGGAUACCACUCCGUUUGGGGGCCGUCACACCAGCACCAGCGUCACAGCCCCAGGCAGCCCCUCUGGGAGUCCUGACUUCUGCUGCUGCUUCUGCCUAGGCCUGGUCGAGGUGUGGGCCCCUGGGCCGCUGGAACUGGACAAGCCAUGAUGUGUUGACCCCUCCUGUGGGGCUGGAGCCCUGGGGGGAAGCUCUGUGAAUGAGAGUGGAGCUUGCACGCCCUUAAGGAGGAGUCAGGAGGGUGUGUGGCUCGGGGACCCAGCUCCGGGAUCACCGCCUGUCCGUGAGGUCCUGCCACAGCUGCCUGAGGACUGCCCUGCUCAGGCUGCGUCUCCAGCCUCCCCAGCUCCUGAGCGGGCCCGAGCCUCACCCCUCCUGCCUGCUCUGGUCCAGGGCUGCGUCGAGCCGUCCUCAGCCUGUGAGUAGAGCAGAAGGAAGAUCUGGAGGAGAAAGGGGAAGAUGAGCUCCUGUCUGGGAAGGUGGAGGGGACUGGAAAAGGGCCUCUGGGAGGACAGGGCAAGUGGGGCAAAGCCAGUGUCCGAGCCCCCGACCCCUCUCAUUCCCCUUGGUGUCCCCUGAGGAUGGGCCUGGGAUGGCCAGGACCUGCUGGGUUUUCUCGGGCUCUGCCUCCCCCGACAAGGGGCCGACCCAGGGAUGCCUCUGUGGCUCCUCCCUGGAAGUCAGGCUGAGGUCAGGGCAGGGCCAUUUUGACCUCUGACCCCUUGGCCUCUGGGUCAGUUCCCUGUUGCCAAUCUAACAAACUUCCACAGUUUGGGAGCCUAAAACGAGAACUUGUUUUCAGUUGUGGAGGUCAGCAAUCUGACGUGGGUCUGGUGGGCUGAGCCAGGCGGUUCCUCUGGAAACUCUGGCAGGGAAGUUCCUUGCUUUUUCGUUUUUAGAGGCCAGCCUCCCAUAUUUCUUGACUCGUGGGCCCCUUCCAUUUCCAAAACCAGCAACGGCCUGUCAAAUCCCUUUUGCAUCUCAGCACUGCCCUCCUACUUGCCCCUGGUGGUGACCUUUAACCCACCAAUGACCUUUGACCGGCCCAGGCACUCCAGGAUCCUCUUCUGAUGUUAAGGUCAGCUGAUUAUUAAUUCCACCUGACAGCCUUAAUUCCUCUGCUGUGGAAACUAACAUAGUCAGAGGCCCAGGGGUUAGGAUGUGAGCAUCUUUAUGGGGUGGACAUUAUUUUGCCCACCACAGCCUUCACCCAUCCCCUGCCCUGUAGCGUGCCUUAUCCUCCCCAGGAAAGCAAAGGUUCACUCACCCUCCUCGGCCUGGGGCAGUUGAGACUCAGGCGUGACCCACCCCGCCUGUGCCUGCCGGAACGCCCCUCUGUGACUGGGUUUGUAGCUGGCUCUCUUGGACUUGUCUCCCUCUUUCCAGGUACUGUGGCCAGAAAUUGGCCCGUGUAAAUGGUUCACGAAGGCCUUUGUACAUUUGUAGAAGUUUGCAGGUUUGAGGUUAUUAUUAUUUUGUGAUAGUAUGCGUUUGUAUGUUUUUUUAAGAACAAACUCUUGGUUUUCAUAGCUUAAUAUAAAGCUGAUUU